CUCGCUUCUGCCCCCAGGCCCCUCCCUGCACGCGACUGACCUCUCCCCCCGCUCACCUGUCCCCUGAUCCCCGCACCCUUCCUGUCCGCUUCUCUUUGAACCCACCCCCGAAAGCCCUUUGCCUCCAAUUCACCCCACUUUUCCAAACAUUGCUCUUCAAGUCCACUGGCCCAGCCAGUCCCCCAUGCCUGACUCCACUCAGCACUUCCUCUAAUCGCGACUUCCUUCCUCCCUCUCUCCCUAAAUACCAGAUCAUCCUUAAACCCGUGUUCUUCCAAAUUUGACCAUAUCUGUUCCAAACCCUGGAGCUGGUCUCUAACAGCCCUAACAACCUAUGUAUCAGGUCACUAAUCUGGUCCUUAUUCCGAAAAUCAGUAACCACCCCCGCAGAUCUUCCUGAAAAUCAGCCCUCUUCUCGUUGAAUUUGAUGUUAAAUGAUGAGAUUCCUUCAUUUUCUGGAUUAUCGUCCUUGGUGACUGAAGAAACUUUUGCUGCUAUUACUUCCUCAUUUUCCUUUUUUUUGCCUGAUGAUUUUUCUGAAUGGCAUAUAGGAUGAAAGGACGUUUUGGAUGUUUGUUUCAACCCUUUGGAUACUGCAUAAGCAAAAGGGAAAUGCCCUAGAGGAAUUGAGCUCCACCUAAUUGAGGAAAUCCAUUAUUUGCCAGAUUGCCAAUUUUGUUGGACGGCUAAAAAGGGUAACUCAAGAGUGACACAAAGUUUACAUCCAAAUUCAGGGAGGACUGAAGGGGGCUGAAAAAGAAGCCUUUGAUAAAAUCUAAACUUGGAAUUUCCAUUGCUUUCCUUUUGAUCUGGGAAGAAUCACUUCAUCUCCCCUGCCUCCCAAGUCAUAAACUAGUUUUGUGGAAUUCAUAACUGGAGAAUUAAAGUAGUAGAAUGACCUCUCCUGUGGAUCCCAAGAUUAAACAGGCUUUGCAGAAAAAAACAUCAGAAAGGACUCAAGAGGACUUAAAUACUAUCUAUUAUUAUCUUCAUGGAAUGGACAUAUUGUCACAUCUCAGGGAACAUCAGCUAAGAAUAAUGUCUUCUAGUGCUCGUUAUGAAAGAUACGAAGGCAACCAAGUCCUUUUUUGUUCAGAAACUAUUGCGAGAUGUUGGUAUAUUCUUCUUUCUGGAUCUGUCCUUAUGAAGGACUCCAUGUUUUUACCACCACGCAGUUUUGGCAAGCAGUCUGGAGGAAAAAGAGGAUGCGAGUGUAUUAUAUUGGAACCUUCAGAAAUGAUUGUGGUGGAGAAUUCCAAAGACAAUGAAGAGAAUAUCCUGCAAAGAGAAGUUCCCCUCAGGCAAUCUCGACGAAGGUUUAGGAAGAUUAACCAGCGGGGGGAACGUCAGACCAUCACAGACCAUGUGGAUGCUAGCAGUUACCUCUCGCUUCCAGCAGAUCUUACCAAGAUGCAUCUUACAGAUAAUCCACAUCCACAGGUGACUCAUGUCCCUUCCAGCCAAUCUGGAUGUAGCAUUGCCAGUGACUCAGGAAGUAGCAGCUUGUCGGAUAUCUACCAGGCUACAGAAAGUGAUAUGGGAGAUGUCGAUUUAACAGGUCUCCCAGAAGCCCCUGUGGAUUCUGAAGAUGAUGAAGAAGAAGAUGAAGAUAUUGACCGAACUUCCGAUCCAUUACUGGGGCGAGAUGUUGUACGGGAAUGCCUUGAGAAAGAACCUGCAGACAAAACGGAUGAUGACAUUGAGCAAUUACUGGAAUUUAUGCAUCAACUCCCAGCCUUUGCAAACAUGACCAUGUCUGUAAGAAGAGAGCUUUGUUCGGUUAUGAUAUUUGAAGUGGUAGAACAAGCAGGAGCCAUCAUACUUGAAGACGGACAAGAGCUUGAUUCUUGGUAUGUUAUUUUAAAUGGCACGGUGGAAAUCAGCUAUCCAGAUGGGAAAACUGAAAGUCUCUGUAUGGGAAAUAGUUUUGGGAUUACCCCUUCUCUGGAUAAACAGUACAUGAAUGGAGUGGUUAGGACCAAAGUAGAUGACUGUCAGUUUGUUUGCAUAGCACAGCAGGAUUACUGGCGGAUUCUGAACCAUGUGGAAAAAAACACUCAUAAAGUUGAGGAAGAAGGAGAAAUUGUUAUGGUAAAGGAGCACAGAGAGCUGGAUCGCAGUGGAACCAGGAAAGGGCACAUAGUUAUUAAGGCAACACCUGAGCGACUCAUCAUGCAUUUAAUAGAAGAACAUUCUAUUGUGGACCCAACUUAUAUAGAAGAUUUCCUUUUAACAUACAGGACAUUUCUAUCAAGCCCAUUGGAAGUUGGAGAUAAACUCUUGGAGUGGUUUAGAGUGGAUAGCCUCAGGGAUAAGGUAACCAGAGUGGUCUUAUUAUGGGUGAACAAUCAUUUCAAUGAUUUUGAAGGAGAUCCCGCUAUGACACGAUUUCUGGAAGAAUUUGAAAAAAACUUGGAAGAUACGAAAAUGAGGGGUCACCUCAGGUUGCUGAAUAUUGCCUGUGCUGCCAAGGCAAAGUGGAGGCAAAUUACACUACAAAAACCAUCCAGAGACUCACCACUCUUUUUCUGUCUUGUUGGAGGAAGUGAAAAAGGUUUUGGCAUUUUUGUAGAGACUGUAGAAACAGGCAGCAAAGCAGCAGAAGCUGGACUUAAGCGUGGUGAUCAGGUAAUGGAAGUAAAUGGACAGAACUUUGAGAACAUUACAUUUGUAAAAGCUCUUGAAAUCUUGAGGAACAAUACUCAUCUUUCCAUUACUGUAAAAACAAACAUUUUUGUGUUUAAAGAACUUCUUAGCAGGCUAGGACAGGAGAAAAAUGGAGUCCCUCAUAUUCCAAAAAUUGCAGAAAAGAAAAGUAAUCGCUACUCCAUCCCAGAUAUGCCUGGAGAUAUGGAACAAAUAUUUCCAUGUGAGAAAGGAAACAAGAAAAUCAAAGCAAACACUGUAUCUGGUGGAAGAAACAGAAUCAGGAAAAUUUUAGACAAGACACGAUUCAGCAUCUUACCUCCCAAACUAUUUAGUGAUGGCAGUGUAAGCCAGUCACAGGAUGACAGUAUUGUUGGAACAAGGCAGUGCAGACACAGUCUGGCCAUAAUGCCUAUCCCUGGAACACUCUCGUCAAGUAGCCCUGAUCUGUUGCAGCCUACAACCAGUAUGCUGGAUUUUACUAAUCCUUCAGAUAUUCCAGAUCAAGUUAUAAGAGUUUUCAAAGCGGAUCAGCAAAGCUGUUACAUUAUAAUCAGCAAAGACACUACAGCAAAAGAAGUUGUGAGUCAUGCACUGCAUGAAUUCAACUUGACGGGCGCUCCAGAAACCUACUCCCUGUGUGAGGUGUCUGUUAGUCCUGAGGGAGUUAUCAAACAGAGAAGGCUUCCAGAUCAGUUCUCCAAAUUAGCAGACAGAAUCCAGCUGAACGGAAGGUAUUAUCUGAAAAACAAUAUGGAAACAGAGACGUUAUGCUCGGACGAGGAUGCCCAAGAACUGCUUAGAGAGAGUCAGAUAUCUCUUCUACAGUUGAGUACCAUUGAGGUGGCCACACAGCUGUCCAUGAGAGACUUUGAAUUAUUUCGAAAUAUUGAGCCUACUGAAUAUAUUGAUGACCUCUAUAAGAUGGACUCCAAAACAGGAAAUACUCAUCUGAAACAAUUUGAGGAUGUCAUUAACCAAGAGACCUUCUGGGUUGCCACAGAAAUUUUAACAGAGCCCAACCAGCUCAAAAGAAUGAAGAUAGUUAAACAUUUCAUUAAAAUUGCCCUACAUUGUCGAGAAUGCAAGAACUUCAAUUCCAUGUUUGCAGUUAUAAGUGGGCUAAAUCUGGCGCCAGUAGCACGACUCAGAGGUACUUGGGAAAAGCUACCGAGCAAGUAUGAAAAGCACCUUAGAGACCUUCAAGAUCUUUUUGAUCCAUCUAGAAACAUGGCUAAGUACCGCAACAUUCUUAGCAGUCAGAGCAUGCAGCCUCCAAUUAUUCCACUGUUUCCUGUUGUCAAGAAGGAUAUUACAUUUCUGCAUGAAGGAAAUGAUUCAAAAGUGGAGGGCCUGGUAAAUUUUGAGAAACUCAGAAUGAUUGCCAAAGAAAUUCGACAAGUCGUCAGAAUGACCUCUGCUAACAUGGAUCCAGCUGUAAUGUUCAGACAAAGGAAGAAGAGGUGGAGGAGUUUGGGGUCUCUGAGCCAGGGCAGCACAAACUCAAACAUGCUUGAUGUUCAAGGAGGGGCUCAUAAAAAACGUGCUCGACGCAGCUCACUCCUCAAUGCCAAGAAGCUUUAUGAGGAUGCUCAGAUGGCCAGGAAGGUGAAGCAAUACCUUUCCAAUCUGAAUGUGGAGACUGAUGAGGAAAAAUUCCAGAUCAUGUCACUUCAAUGUGAGCCUGCAUAUAGCACUUUGACCAAGAAUUUAAGUGAGAGAAGAUGUACAAAAUCCUCAGAAAUGUCACCAAUACCCAUGAGGUCUGUUGGCCAAACCACAAAAGCCCAUUUGCAUCAACAAAACAGAAUGAGCCAAGUUCUCCAAGUUCCAGCUGUUAAUUUGUACCCUAUUAGAAAAAGAGGACCAGCUAAGGACCAUGUCACCUUCAGUACAGGUUCUCCUCAGAAAUCACUCAGCUUGUCUGAGGAAGUAAGUAAGAAGCAAGCUGAAGAUAGUAUAUCUAUGACAUCCUCUUUCCACUCCAGUCCUCCUGCUUCUCCUCAGGGCUCUCCACACAAAGUUGCUAACAUCCAGAGGUCUGACAACUGUGGUCCAAUGAAUCUCUCUGGAUCCUCCUCAUCGCUCGCCAGUGAAACCAGCAACAAGAACUGUGGGCCACGCAGCUAUGGAAUAGGUUAUGCCCUCAUACCUUCCACUAAAUCUGAUAACUUCUCAGACUCCAGCCACAGUGAGAUCUCAUCCCGGUCCAGCAUUGUGAGUAACUGCUCUGCUGAUUCAAUGUCUGCAGCCCUGCAAGAUGAAAGAUGUUUGCCUCAUGAGUAUAGCCAGCCUACCACUGGUUGGUCACUCACUAGACCUGCGAUAGUCAGAGGGAUGGCUGUCACAUCUUCCAUGAGCAGUGAGGAGAUCUCUCAUGAGCACAUCACAAUAGAAGCUGCAGACAGUGGCCGGGGAAGCUGGACUUCAUGCUCGAGUAGUUCUCAUGAUAACUUCCAGAAUAUCCAAAACCAGAAAAGUUGGGAUCUCUUGAAUUCUUACCGUCACACUCAUCUAGAUGGACCCAUUGCUGAAGUGGAACCCACACACUGUCACCCUGAAGAGUCUUAUUUGUAUUCUGAAGCCUUUUCCAAAAAUAACAGGCAGUCAAAAGCCAGCACAGAACACGAUCAGUCUCGGCAAAGCUGGGCUUCCUCAAGUUCCCUGUCAGACACAUAUGAAACAAACUAUGGGACAAUUAAACGGAGAGAGCUGGAGCGCUCUGCAGCAGAGCAGACUGAAGUUUUGGACUCUAAGCCAGCCACUGAUGCAAAUUAUAAAACUGUUACUUCAAGUACAGAAAAAGGCCUGAUAGUAUACUGUGUCACCUCACCUAAGAAGGACGAUAGGUAUAGGGAGCCUCCGCCCACCCCUCCAGGAUAUAUGGGGAUUUCUUUAGCGGACAUAAAGGAAGGAUCACCCCAUCACCCACACUUAAAGCCUCCAGACUAUAGUGUGGCAGUGCAGAGGUCAAAGAUGCUACCUAGUGACCUCUCUAGACUUUCAUCAGCUUCUCUCAGUAGUGAACCAGUGGCCUGUAUGUCAUCGAAGAUGCCUCAGUGGCAUAAACGACAGCCGUCCCAUCCUAAACUAGCAGAUAUGACUGACGCAGAUAGUGAAGAGGAUGAAGAUGAACAAGUAUCAGCAGUCUGACCAUUGGGUCAUCUAUGAAAACCACUUCAAAACACAGGGGACUUGGGAAUAUGAACAUGUUAGCUAAUGCUGACAAUUUGCUGCUACUAACCUCAAACGUAUUUGCCUCAGUCAUGGACAAGAUGAACCUGGCUGGAUCAUAAAUCUCUCUGACUUACUUCUAUCACAGUCAGCUACCACAGCCUAAGAAAACUAUUUAUGCCUGUGAUAUAAAUACCAGUUUCCAAGGAGUACAGAUUACCUGAAUACUGGAAUCAGUAUGAUGAAAAAGACCAAGCUUAGUACAUUGGGACCACCAGUUCUCAAGAACUACUUGAAACUUGGAAGCAUUCUUCUGUAUAAUACCUUAUAAUCCUUUGGUAGAUUUCUGUAAUAAAUAUUUUCCAUAUGACCAUUAUAAUUCUAACAUUAAGAUUGUUAUUUUACAUACUUAAACAAAAUUGAGGACACUGCUACAGUAUCUGAAAAAGUAAUUUAUUUAUUUGGAGUUUAUGGAGGAGUUUUCUUUUAUUUGUACUGGGAGUACUCUGGUUGGCUGGUGUGAACACUGACAAAAAAAUGGAUACUAAAGUAGAUACAUCUCUAUAUUUGUGCUAUUGAAACUGGGGGCCUACACAUGCAAAGUAACUCAUUCAGAAAUACUCGGGAUUUGGGGUGUGUACUUAAUGUAAAUGGAAUAAACAGUUUGGAAGUUAAUGUGCAUAUAGCAAUGAAACACUGCCAUCUCUUGGUCCUGUUCUAGAAAAACCCGCAAAAUAUCUGUAUUAGUCUUUGUCAGCUUGCUGAGAAAAUAGCUGAAACUCAUCCCACAUUCUUCCAAGUUCAAGGUUUGAAACACGGAGGUUGUCAUUCCUGUGAAAUUAUCUGUUACUUUCAAAACUUUCUAAGUAGGACUGUAAACAAAUGUUGCACAUUGUAAGCAAUAGAAAGUCAAAUUAGUGCUCUGUGGGUUCUGUGAUCAUCCUAUGUUUUUUCUGCUUGUACCAGAUUUCAAAUGCUACAGGUACUGGCAUUAUUUAAAAGGAAAAUUGUUACCACUUCCGUUAUGGAAUAGAAAGAAAGCUUAUUAAUUAUCAAAGAAAGGGAUUUUUUAAUUUUCAUAUCAAAUUGGCACUGGACCAGAUAAAUGGUGCCCCCACUGUUGGUUUUGAUGUUCCAGCUGACAGUGUGAAAUAUAUUAGGGGUUUAAUUUCGGUUGCUGGACCUAUGAAUAAAAUGUUUUUAAGUGAGUGGACCAAAUAUUGGAGUUGAGGAAUAUCAAGUAUUAGGUGAGGACCAAGUGAAUAAUUUAUCAUUUUCACCUUUGGUUUUUACUAAUAGCACUUUUUCUGCAGACUGGUCGCAAAGAGUAACUCGGAAAGAGCCUGUGCAUAUAGCAUUUUAGCCAUAGCCAAUUUGUACAUAAUACAAUAAACAAAUACACAUUUAUAUCAACACAAGUCAUUAUGGAGUGGUAAUUGGGAAACUGAACAUUUGAGAUAUAUUACAUACUGAUAGUGUGAUAGAGUGUAUAACCAAUUCUGAAAACCUACAGCAUUCUUCCGAUGAUGUAGAUUAGCAUGUUUCAAGUUUUAGAUUGAAAUCCUGGCCCAGUUGAAGUCAGUGGAGGUUUUCAAUUGCAUGGAGCCAGGAUUUACCUCUAAUGUUCUUUUUGUACAAUUAGGGUAAGCUAAGUUACUUGCUUUAAUUUUACUUAGCCAACCAGAGUACACGGGGUAAAACUGGAAAUACCUGCAUUUUCUUUCAUGUUCUAGCACAGGAUGACCCAAUCCAAUGUUAUAAUUCCAGAUGAAUGUGUGGAUCUGUGUUUUAACAUUUUAAUUGUAAAUUGUAAUGGGCAUGUUUACAGACUAACUUAGAUAGAUGUUUGCCAUUUUACAGGUGCCUCGGAGAACUAAUGUGUUACAUUGUGAAGAGCUUUAACAUUUUUUUCCUGUUGUAAGGCAAAUGCAGCAUUUUCUGGAAAUACACAAGUACCAAAAACAACCCAAAGCCUUUGAUGUGCAUCACCCAUAUCUACUUGGGGCUGAUGUUGACAAACAUAAGAAUGUGUUUGAUCAAACCUCUGCUUGUGUUCCUAUGUGUGUCAGAUGUAGUAAUUAAUAUUCUGUGGCUGGAAUGUACCAUGUAUUGAUCCUUGUAUCUUGAAGUCCUAAGCCAAUCAAGGGCAGUAAUGUGGGGAGAGGCUGCUUAAUUCAUAGUUAGUUAGUUGAUUUAUAUGCUAGAUAUUUGGUAUAAACAUCUGAGGAGUAAAUAGCUGAAAAAUAAUUUUGAAAAGAGAUUAGCAGUCUCUUAAAGGAUGCUUUCUUUUCCAGGGCCUUAAUGUUUACAGUGAACUUGUGUAGGCCUUAAUGAAUCAAGAUUAAUAUAAGUGUCAAAGUGGCCUAGAGCAAAAUGAUUUCUAUUAGCCUAUAUAAUGUUCACUUAAUCCUUAAAAUGAUGUCUUGCAGGAUAGAAAUUUCAAAUUCUAGAAAUCCCACAGUAAACUGUACUCAUUUGUUAGCUUCUCAGUCAUGUGCACAAUGGGCUUACCAUUUAAUCAGAAAAUCAUGUGUUUUAUGCCGGAUAAAUUAAGUCUUAAGGUUUCAGUGACCUCGGAUAUUGAU